UUUUCUACUCUUGUCCAUCCAAAAAACAAGCAAAACUCACAAAAUCCACUUUAAAUUUAGUUUCAAUUCUUGCAAAAUUUCUUCAAGAUUUUUCAAUUUUCAAACACCCUUUAAACCAAAAGACUGAAUGAAAAUCUCAUAUUUUGAACAAUCUUGAAAAAAAAAGGAGCUAGAGAAAGAGUGUAUAUAUACACUUACACUAAAAAAUGGAAUGUGUUGGAGUUCAAAAUUUUGCUGCAAUGGCAGUUUUUACGUGUCCGAGAUUCAAAUCAUUAGGAAGAAGGAGAAUUAUGCCAAGAAAAAAGCAAAAUUUAUGGCCUAUAAAUAUGCAAGUGAAGUGUAGCAGUAGUAGUGGAAGUGUAGUUGUUAAAGAAGAUUUUGCUGAUGAAGAGGAUUAUAUAAAAGGUGGUGGUUCACAACUUGUUUUUGUACAAAUGCAGCAGAAAAAAGACAUGGAUCAGCAGUCUAAGCUUUCUGAUAAGUUGCGACAAAUAUCAGCUGGAAAAACUGUACUGGACUUAGUGGUUAUUGGCUGCGGUCCUGCUGGUCUUGCUCUUGCCGCGGAGUCAGCUAAAUUAGGGUUGAACGUUGGGCUCGUUGGGCCUGAUCUUCCUUUCACAAAUAACUAUGGUGUUUGGGAGGACGAGUUCAAAGAUCUUGGGCUCCAAGCCUGCAUUGAACAUGUUUGGAGGGAUACAAUUGUAUAUCUUGACGAUGAUGAUCCUAUUCUUAUUGGCCGUGCUUAUGGAAGAGUUAGUCGCCAUUUACUGCACGAGGAGUUACUCAAAAGGUGUGUGGAGGCAGGUGUUUUAUAUCUUAACUCGAAAGUGGAUAGGAUUGUUGAGGGCACAAGUGGCCACAGUCUUGUAGAGUGCGAGGGUGACAUUGUGAUUCCAUGCAGGUUUGUCACUGUCGCGUCUGGAGCAGCCUCGGGGAAAUUCUUGCAAUAUGAGUUGGGAGGUCCAAGAGUUUCUGUUCAAACAGCUUAUGGAGUGGAGGUUGAGGUCGAUAACAAUCCAUAUGACCCCAGCCUGAUGGUUUUCAUGGAUUAUAGAGACUAUGUCACACACGACGCUCAAUCUUUAGAAGCUAAAUAUCCAACAUUUCUCUAUGCCAUGCCCAUGUCUCCAACACGAGUCUUUUUCGAGGAAACUUGUUUGGCUUCAAAAGAUGCAAUGCCAUUUGAUCUGUUAAAGAAAAAACUGAUGUUACGAUUGAACACACUAGGCGUAAGAAUUAAAGAAAUUUACGAGGAGGAAUGGUCUUACAUACCGGUUGGUGGAUCCUUGCCAAAUACAGAACAAAAAACACUUGCAUUUGGUGCUGCUGCUAGCAUGGUUCAUCCAGCCACAGGUUAUUCAGUUGUUAGAUCACUGUCCGAAGCUCCAAAAUGCGCCUCUGUACUUGCAAAUAUUUUACGACAAAAUAAUAUCAAGGACAUGCUUACCAGUCCAAGUACUCCAAGUAUUUCAACUCAAGCUUGGAACACCCUUUGGCCACAAGAACGAAAACGACAAAGAUCAUUUUUCCUAUUUGGAUUAGCACUCAUAUUACAGCUGGAUAUUGAGGGAAUAAGGUCAUUUUUCCGCGCAUUCUUCCGUGUGCCAAAAUGGAUGUGGCAGGGAUUUCUUGGUUCAAGUCUUUCCUCAGCAGACCUCAUGUUAUUUGCCUUCUACAUGUUUAUCAUUGCACCAAAUGACAUGAGAAAAGGCCUAAUCAGACAUCUUUUAUCUGAUCCAACUGGUGCAACAAUGAUAAGAACUUAUCUUACAUUUUAAAGUAAUUCUUCCAACAAUAGUUCUUGAAUCUGUUCUCUUUCAGAACAGAGGCCCCUCAUCACUUGAGAUUCAGAAGAGAAAUCGCGACGAGGCCUUGUAUAUAACACUUUCACUAGGUUAAUAUGCUUAAAUAAGUUGCACAGUUUCAAUUUUAUAUCUGCUUCUUUUUGUCCAGAUGUAUCGAUCCAUUGAACUCUGUUUAGCAUCAAUAAAUGAGUGAUGGUUUUACUGAUUGUGGAUAA